AUGGCGUCGCCGAAGAAGGCGAGGAAGCCGCGGGCGAGGCGCCCCCUGCUGCUCCGUCGGGCCAUGCUGCACGCCUCCAUCUGCUUCCUCGUCGGCCUCCUCGCCGGCCUCGCCCCGGCCGCCCGCUGGACGGCCUCCGCCUCCGCCCACGUCUCCCGCGCGCUCCACGCCGUCGACGGCGCCUUCGACCGCGCCGUGCUCCUGCUCCGGCAGCAGCAGCGGCAGCUGCGGGACGGGCGCGUCCACGUCGCCGUCCUCCCCUCGCCGGCGCCGGGGCCGCCGGCGCUGGAGCCGCUGCGGCAGCCGCAGCUGCUGCUGGUGGUGACCGCCACCGAGCGGUCCGACCCGGAGCGGCGGGCCGCGGGGCUCACGCGCGCCGCGCACGCGCUCAGGCUCGUGCCCCCGCCGGUGCUGUGGCUGGUGGUGGAGCGGGCAACGGAGGCCCUGCCCACGUCGGGGUUGCUGCGCGGCGCCGGGGUGGCGUACCGGCACCUGACCUACCCGGAGAACUUCACGGCCGACGGCGUCGGCGUGGAGAAGGAGCGGCACCACCAGCGGAACCUGGCGCUGGAGCACGUGGAGGAGCACCGGCUGGGCGGUGUCGUGCUCUUCGCCGGCCUCGGCGACGUCUACGACCUCCGCUUCUUCGACCAGCUCAGGCAGAUCAGGACGUUCGGCGCGUGGCCGGUGGCGACCGUGUCGGAGCGCGAGCGGAAGGCGACGGUGGAAGGCCCGGUGUGCGGCGGCUCGCCGUGGGCAGUCACCGGCUGGUUCUCCACGGCCGACGCCGCGGGUGCGCCGACGGUGAGGGCGAGACCGCCGGCCGGCACGGUGGACGUGGCGCGCUUCGCGUUCGGCAGCGCCCUGCUCUGGCACCCGAGCCGCUGGGACAGCUUCCCCGUCUCCGAGCCCGACGCCUCACAGGAUUCCGUGAAGUUUGUGCAGCGGUUGGCCGCGGAGGAUUACAACAAGUCGAGGGGGAUGCCCAACCGGGACUGCUCGGAGGUCAUGGCGUGGCGCGGAGAUCAGUUCCUAGCAACCUAG